AUGGCGAUUGUUGAAGAGGUGCUGUCGCCGCCGCCGUCGUCACCGCAGCAGCAACAGCAGCAGAGGAAGAAGAGGGCGGGGAAGAGGAGUGGGAGUGGUACGAGGAGUGGAGGGAAUGGAGGAGGGGGAGCGUCGACGCCUGUGGGAGGGCAGAGUGGGAAUUCGAGUUCGAGGUUGAGGAAGUGGUUUAGUAUUUCGCCGGGGAGUAAGAGCGGUAAGACUAGGGUUAAGAGGCCGUCGAAGCGGAGGAGUCAAGCUCCGGUCAACGAGGAGGAGCAACUAUCCAGCUUUUCCUCAACCGCCACGCGCUCCUACAAAUCCCUCUUCUCGCGGCGCCCGUCGACUAGCAGCACCACGUCCACCAAAAAGCCGUUCACGCCGUGGCUCCCGCCGGAGCUGUGGGUGCUCAUCUUCCACCACGCCUGCUCGCCCUCUCACCCCUUCCUCUCCUCCGCGCUCAUCGCGCCGAACGAGCCGCUCUCCUUCCUCGAGUUCCCGCACUCGCAUUCGCAUCUACUCAACGACUAUAGGAGGAGCAUGCGCUCCAAAGCGACGAUUACGUAUGUGUGCAAGCUGUGGCAUUCGAUUGGGCAGGAGGUCUUGUACGAGUUUGUGUGGAUUACGAGGGCGAGGGAGGCGGCGCUUUUGGCGGAGUUGUUGGAUAGGAAGGCGAUUCGGGACGUCUCUGCCGACUCCACCGCCGCUGCCUCCUCUAAAGGCAAGGGCAAGGGGAAGAAUAUCGUUCGGCAUGGCCACCAACUAUCCGACACGACGAAUUUCGACUAUAACAAUCGCGGCGCGUAUACAUACCCCUGGGAUACGAGGGGCGUUGGGAGGCAUAUACGACGACUGCAUAUCGAGACGAACACACUUGAUCGGUGUGCCCCGCAGGAUUUGUUGAUGAUUUUGGACCAUGCCCCGCUUUUGCAGGUGUAUUCGGAUUAUCAGUCGAUUAGGCGGACGACGGGGUUUACGAUCAUUGCGCCUGCUUCGCCUAGUGCGUCGGCGAGUUCGAGUGGGAAUGCGAGUUCGGGGUUGGGUUUGGGUUCGAGUAGGCCGAGUUCGAGGGGGUCGGAGGGGUCGUCUAGUUCGGGGUCGAGUUCAGGCUCGAGUUUGGGGUCCACCAUUAUCACGUCCACGUCCACCUUCACCUCUUCUUCCGAAGCGUCUUCGCAUACCACACUCCCGCCACCUCAGCAACAAGAAUCGGACCAACAAGUCCUCUCAGCUCUCCUCGCCCACCCGGCGCGGCGCACGAACCUCCGUCGGCUCUCGUGGACAAACUACGAAUACGAGCCGGAGGACUACGAAGCGGGCGUCCGGUUCUACCUGCGCGUCGUCGGUCCUAAACUCAAAGCCGCGAAGGAGAAUCUGGAGUUUUUGGAGCUGACGUUGUGUGCAAAGGAUUUGAGGGGGAUGACGGGUCAGGGGGGCACGGGUGGAGGUUUCUUUGAGAGUGUGUUGAUGGGUGGGGGCCUGGGGGGCCCGGAUGUGGGAGGUGGGAUCACAGCUAGCUCCUUAACGACUUUGAGCGCCAGUCUCACUAGCACAGUUACGACUACCACCAUCUCCUCUUCGCCUUCCUCUUCACCGUCAAGUUUCUCCUCCUCGUCGCCGCUUUCCAGAACGCUAUCGAGGGAGACGCUAAAGAGUAUCUCGGCAGCGAGUCCCCUCGUCCUUCCUGCGUUGAGGAGUUUGAAGGUGACGCUUGAUAAUGCGACGUUCCAUGUUCUUUCGACUUGGGAGAUGCCGAGUUUGAGGAAUUUGAGUGUUGUUAGUGCGGAUUUUAGUUAUGCUGGCGAAGGGUUCAAGAACUUCUUCGAAGUGCAUGGAGCGAAGAUCCAGCAGCUCGAGUUGGGCCAUUCGACGGGUGCUAUUGAAGAGUUUUGGUUAACUGCGAACCCGAAUGGGGGGUUCAACGGCGCCAAUGGUAACGUGAAUAACGCCAACGCCAACGGUACCAACGCAGGAGGAGGAGGAAACGGGAACGCAGGGGCAAACGGGAGCGCUAAUACGGGCUGGACGUUCGGUUCCACGCGUGUCCCGUUGGCCGAGUGGUGUCCCAAUCUCUCCGAGUUUAUAUGUUCUGCAGAUGCGGAAUGGAAUUGGCAGAACCCAGAUUGGAUCGCCCCGCAUGUUCUUUUGCCGGCGCAUCCUACUUUGAAGUUUAUUGGUGUCCGCGACAUGGAAAAACGAAUCCUCGAAGCACUCGAACGAGUCGAGUACCGCGACCUCGUCGCCGUUCGGGAAGGACGAGGUUUGGUUGGACUUGAAGACCUCGAUGACGACUCGGAUCCUUCGCAUUCCUCACCCAACGCCAACGCCAACGCGGCCAAUGCCCCGCACGACGACCCAUUCUUUAUGCUCCAAGAGCAGAUUGGGAGUUUGUUGAGGAGGGAGGCGUUCCCUGGAUUGCGGUAUGUGAGGGAUUUGAGUCCUGUUAGUGAGGUUAUUAGAAGGACGGGGAGGGUUAGUCUUUCGGUGUUGGGAGGUGGGGGAUUGGGUGUUGGAGAGGAUCGGGAGGAGGGGGAGGAGGGUUCUGUGAGCGGAGGGGGAGGAGGGGUGUUGGGGAGUGGAAGUGGAAGUGGAAGUGGGGGCUUGGGUGGUGGUGGUGCGGCAGCGGUGCCGGCACCGCCGCAGCCUUCGUGGGGAUGGUGGGGAUGGAUUUUGGGCAGUCAGCAGACGAGGCAGUAUAUUGCGAAUGCGACUGCUGCUGCCGCGGCGGGUGGUGGUGGUACUGCAUCUGCGACUUCAGCGCAAGCAGCCACGGCAACAUCGGCUUCGACGUCCAUGGCUCAACACUCAUCGUCGUCCGCUCAUCCCUCGUUGACAUCGUCCACUCAUCAUCCAUCGUCGUCUCAACCUUCUUCGUCAGGCCCUUCUUCGUCGUCCACGCCCACCCCGCCGCCGCCCGCUGACACCCGUCCGAGCGGUCGACGCCUUCAACUCCUCCAAGAACGCCAGCAAGGUCUGAGGGUGUUACGGUUUUGGAUGAAGGUGAUGCGGAUGUUUAGGGAGAGGGGUGUGUGGUUGGAGGAUUGUGAUGGGAUGAAUGUGACGGUUGCUAGUUUGAGGAGGGCUGCUGCUGCUUCGUCUUCUGGGAGUUCGUGA